GGACCGGAGAUUGAAGAGGAACCAGCUGAUCUGCAAGCCUGUUGCAUUCGGCCAAGUGAGAUACUCUUCAGAUAAUCUGAAUAUCAUAUAGAGAUAUGAGAAGUCUGCUGCUCAUUCUCGGGUUACUGAUCCCAGCCAGUGCACUCACUGAUCCAUGUGCUAGUCACACAGUCCUGGACCAGGCCUGGAGGAACAUCAACUGUGGUUUCUUGGAGUGUUUGAUCGGGCUGAUAUGUGAUGACCAUCUUCAACAGGGAUGGUACAGGUUUAACAGUUCCGGUGGAUGGAAAAUUCCAGAGAUUGUUAUUCCACUCAGUAAUUGUUCCUCAUGGAGUACAGGCUGGCUAAAUGGUCGACAUCCCACCGUGUUGGAAGGAGAAGUCACUAGGACCGUAUGCUUCAACUGGUUUGAGGAUUGCUGCUACAAGACGCAAGAGAUCAAGAUUAAAAACUGUUCCAGUUUCUUUGUGUAUGAAUUGAAGCCGGCUCCCUUCUGUCCCGCUGUUUAUUGCACAGAUACAACGACAGGAACGGUUUCAGAUCAAGAGCAACUAACAACUGAAAUUUCGACUGCUGAAACAACUGCUCAAAAAGUUACUGAAACUUCAGAUACUCAAUAUCAAUGGGUUAAAGUGUUGAUCACUUCGGAGACAGAGAUCGAAAAUGAAGAGGCGAAGAAAAUCGCCAUGCAGAAGCUUCAGGAGAUGGUCAACAAGCAAGCUGGCCAAGGGAUGGACUUAGUCUUGGAAGAGGGAUAUUGUUCAGCCGUGGACAUCUCGGACUCUGAAAGAAGCUGACCGUGUUCAUAAGACCCUGACAUCCGUUGAUGAGAUCACCUGGUUGAUAUCAUGCGUGUAACUGAACGACUUGGUCUCCGCUUCACAGAUUUGACCGCAGCAAACUCUUAGAAAUUGUUUAUUUUUCACUGUUUUCAGGUAGCAUAUCAUUUGAAAACAUUUAUGCUACUUCACUGUUGUCAAGUUGCGUUUUAUAUAAAGUCUGCUUAUGUUCCUGAAGAGUUAGAUUCGGCAAGCUGUUGCAUUUUACAGAGAUAAUCAAGUCGAAACUAGAUAAUAGGAGUUGUCCUUGUACUGGAUGAGUAAAUAUUCACUCUAGGGAACAAUGGGGAACAAUGCAUGGGUUUAAUUGGGAAACGCAAGGUGCUGUUGUCAUCUGCCAGGAGCUGGACUGGUGGACUGCAAUGUUGACCGUGGGUGGGUUUCUUUUGCCGAACAUAUGAACCAGGAUGAUGUAUAAUAUUCUGUGCAGUGGGAACAAGCACAUUCUGUGGCAGUGUCGAUUAGCUUUGUAUUGGCCUUAUAGUGCCAUGGACCAUGGUUUGAUUCCAGCUUCGAGCGAUCGUCUUCGUGGAGUUUGCACAUUGUCCCCGUGUCUGCGAGGGUUUCCACUGGGUGCUCUGAAUUCCAUCUGCAGUCCAAAGGUAAUGCAAGUUCGGUGGAUUGGCCAUGCUAAACUGCCCAUAUUUUUCAGUAGUUUGUAAAUUAGUCGUGUUAGCCAUGGGAAAUACAGGGUUACAGGGAUAUCUGUGCUUUGGAUGCUCUUCAGAGGAUUGAUGUGGACUUGUUGGAUUGAACGGCCUGUUUCCACACAGUGAGCAUUCGAUUUUUGAAAAACGUCAGGUGUUGUUAUUUCAGUUAAACUACUUGUAAGUGCUGAUAUCCUGGUAUCAAAGUGAUAGAUUCCCUAUCUCUUUCAACAUUAGAAUCACCUCAAUAGUAUUGAGUGGCCCUCACUACACGUGCGAUCUGGUAUAGUCUAAAUUAUUCGAUCAUGUGGGCUAGUAGGCUUUCUGGUAGUCUUAUAGUUUGUGAAGGGUCCUCGCCCAAACAGAAGACCUGGUCGACUCGUCUUAGUGCUCUUUUUAUUUAAACCAAAUCUGGUUCAUUUUUCUACUGUUAAUAAUGAUCCUGGCAAAUUUGUUGAAACGCCUGGUGCAUUCCCCCAAUUUAUAUGUCACCAGAAGGAGUCACUGCCAGAGUGGAUAUGCACACAAGUCUGACCCGAAUGAACAGUACUUUUACCAUAACCAUCAUUAUCUGACAGUCGCUCAAUAAAUGGAAUUACAAAUUGACUAAUCGUGUUCCCAUCAGGGAUGACUGACCACGCCAUCCCCAAAAUUUUGUCGCUGGAAAUGGUACCCGUGUGCAAUCCGGGACACCUAAUCUUUCAUCAGCGCACACCAAAUACCUUCCCCACAUUAUUCAUGUUUGAGUCUACUACUUCCCCUUUGUUACUACAGAUAAACUUGAUCUUCUGAGAGAAAUUGUUCCUGAUCACGGGGUGUUCUUCAAGUAUCGACACUGCUACAUGUGAAGGAUAGGAGAACGUUCUGUUUCUUUGGCUUCUUUGAUUCCCCUUUCGUUUUCUAUUCUCACCUUCCUACCUCGACAGUUGGGGGAUAUCGUCCUGAACUACAGUAAUUUCAUCUUGAAUUUGCAGCUGGCUAUCUCCUUGAUCUCCUCAGGAUUCGGAACAUUGUAUACAUCGAGCAUGACAUGCCAACAAUGACUGUCCUGUUUCUGUCCUAUCGACUCUAAUUGAUUCAAAGAUUAAACUAUUUAU